AUGCGCCUGACUCCUCUCCUCGCGGCCCUUGCCGCCUGCUCGGCUGCCGGCUCGUUUGUCGAGCCCCGUGACCCGAACAAAUUGUUCACGCUAGAAAUUGCUCCAGGCGAGACAGUCACCGUCACAGAGGAGGAGAAAUGGGAGAUGAUGGAUAAACGCGUCCACUUCUUCGACAUCACAGAAUGGUCAGAUGUUCCCGCCGUCGCCUCCUCCGCAGACUUCAAGCUCCUCGCGGCCCUCCCCUUCCCAACGGAAAUGAAUCAGACGUGCCACGUCAACGCCCUGAUUCCGAAGCUGAACAAGGACAACAUGCGUGCGCAUCUUGAGCGCUUCUCGUCCUUCCACAACCGGUACUACCUCUCCAAGACGGGCGUUGAGUCCGCAGAGUGGCUGUAUGGGCAGAUCAGUGCCGUCUUGGAUGUUGCGGGGCACCCCACGGCGAACAUCCGCUAUGUGCGCCAUACCGCGUGGUCGCAGCCUAGUAUUAUUGUUACGAUUCCCGGACGUAACCAGCGGACCGUUGUCUUGGGCGGGCAUCUGGAUUCAGUCAUUUCUGGAGAUCGUGGCGCUGGCCGUGCGCCUGGUGCUGACGAUAACGGCUCCGGCUCCGUUAUGAUCCUUGAGGUCCUCCGCGUCCUCCUCUCCGAUCCAAAGAUCGCGUCUGGUGAUAUCCUGAACACCCUAGAGUUCCACUGGUACGGCGCCGAGGAGGCCGGUCUGCUCGGAAGCCAGGACAUCUUCACCCAGUACCGUGCUUCUAGCCGCCAGGUCGUGUCAAUGCUGCAGCAAGACAUGGUCGGCUACGUUGGUCGCGAUGGCGUCGAGAGGUUCGGCGUUGUUACGGACUGGGUCGACCUCGACCAGGUUGCAUUCAUGAAGCGCGUCAUUGACACCUACACUGAUAUCCCCUACGAGGAGACUGUCUGCGGAUAUGCCUGCUCCGACCACGCGUCCGCCAACCGCAAUGGCUAUCCGUCGUCGUUCAUCUUCGAGACGCCUUUCGGCAACCACAACCCGUACAUUCACAGUCCCAAUGAUACCAUGGAGUAUGUCUCGUUUGAUCACGUCUUGCAGCACGCGAAGAUGGCGACCGGAUACGUGUACGAGCUGGCGUAUUGGCCCUUUGCCUGA